UUUAACAUGUAAACAGGGUGGACAGUGAAAGUUGACACUUUAAAAUUUCAGGAAAAAGCAUCGCGAUUAUGAUUACAAUGUGAAAUUUCCGUUUCAUAAUUGUAAUUAAGUUGAUUUUGUUGACAACUACGAAAUACUAUUAACUUUCUGCUGUGCCAGCGCAGGUGACCAGUCAACAUGCCAGGAUCGUCCAGCAAACAUUCCAAGAAGAAGGAGCUCUACAUAGCCAAGAACAUGGGAGAUUUAAACAAAAUGGCAGAGCUGCCUGCCAAACUGAAGACAAACAAUGCAAAAAUCUUGGUGAAGACUGCUGACAAGAUGCUCAAGGAAGCUGAACAUAGUGACCUGAUGGAAGAUGAGGAACGAGCCUACGUUCUCUUCAUGAAGUACUUUAAUGUGGUCACCUUCCUUAAGAAAACUGCAGACUAUAGGAAAGAGAAGACAUACUAUGACAACCUUCUUGGUGCUAAGAAUCUGAUGGCAGCCAUAGACAAAGCAGAGGAACUCUCUGGAAGUCUGAAAGAAAGAUAUGACCUGUUGGAAGCAGAGAUGGUUGCCAACAAACUUGCAUCUCUGGAGAAUGAGAAACCCUCAGAGCCUCAGCAGCCUGGAAAACAGAAGGACAACGAUGUGUCUACAGACACGAUAUACAACAGGAAAGAAGGGGACCAGAAGACUAAUGGGGAACUGGUAAGCCCUUUGCCCCCCAAGUCCAAUCCAGGCAAGCUGACCUGUGCACAGCUCUACCAGAUGUUGGAGGACCGAGACACCCAGCUGAUACUGAUGGACAUGAGGUCAAUAGAGGACUUCCAGGAGUCCAGGCUCACCCACAAGGCCAUCAUCAAUGUGCCAGCAUCAGCAGUCAAACCUGGGACGACUGUGUCGUACAUAGAGAAGGCCCUCCCAAUGGACUCACUUUCACUAUGGAAGCAACGAGGUAACAUUGAUCACAUCGUUCUACUGGACUGGAACUCCAGGUUUGAGAAUGUGAAGAUUGGGAGCUCUCUACAGACACUGAAAGAUGCAUUGUUUAAGUAUGACAGUACAGUGAUAAUCAAGAGCGAGCCUCUCAUCCUGGACGGGGGAUAUGAACAGUGGAUGUUAGAAUACCCCAUGAAGUGUCUCAACCCGUCAUUUGACAAGAUAUCCAGGCCAGUUGUACAGGACACGCAGGCGGGACUGCUGGAUUUUGACUACCCCGACUAUGACCAGGAAUUCCUGCAACCAAAACCAGCCGAGGUCAACCCAGGAGACACUGCAAUGUCUUCAAGUUUAUUAGACAGCAUCAGUGGCUUUCAAAAUGGAGGCUUAACAACACCAAGUGGUAGACCAACCAUCAAUAGGUCUUUAAAACCUACUGUUGAUCGAUCUACAAAAUCCAAUAUUACAAAAAUAAGUGUGAAUACAAAUUCUGAUGUGUCUGAAUCUUCAUCAAGUUUUCUAUAUCCAGAUGUCAGGUCUGCAGCAUCCAGCAAGCCAGCCAAUCAGAAUCAAGGUUCUACAAAUCCUGAUUUCAGGGCCGGUUUUUCAAAUGUUACAUAUACUGACAGCAGGGCAGACAAUCAAAGGACUGAGCGCAUUGAAAAUAAAACUGAAUUAGAUCCACCAACAGGUUUGAGUGGAAUUUCCAGUGAAAUAUCUAAAGAUCUUCAGGAACUUGAAAGGCAAAAGAAAAUCAAGGAAAAGGAGUUGGAAGACAUGAGGGUGCAGAGUGAGAGAUUGAUUGAGGAGUCACAAGCCAGACUGGAGAAAAUGAGAGAAGAGGAGAAAAGUCUCUCACAAUUGGAAGAAAUGAAGAAAAAAGAGCAAGCAGAUGUGGCAGAUCUUAUGAGGUUAAAAAGGAGUCUUCAGCAGAAAAUAGACGAGGAAAAACAGAACACCAGAACACAGGAACUGAGGAAAGAGUGGGAAGAAGAAAACAGACAACAAGAACUAGCCCAGAUAUCGCGUGCUGAAGAGGAUCAGAGGAGAAGACAGGAAGAGGUGGAAAAACUGAGAAUGGAGAGAAAGAGAAAGGAGCAGCAAGAGGAAAUAGAGCAAAAGAGAAAACAGCAGCAAGAGGAAACAGAGCAAAAGAGAAAGCAGCAGCAAGAUGCAGAAAUUGAAAGAAAAAGGAUAGAAGAACGAGUAUUGCAGGAUGCUCAGUUGAGGGUUCGUGAGGAAGAAGAACGAAGACAAAGGGAGAUCACUUCUGCAGAGGAGGCGGCAAGAAAACUCCGUCUGGAACAAGAUAAUAAGGCCAAGGAGGAUGCUCAUAGACUUGAGAUAGAGGAGAGGCUGCGCAGAGAGAGAGAUCUGGCUGCCAGAGCAGAGAAAGAACGACAGGCAGCCCUGGAGGAACAAAGGAGGAAACAGGCUGAGAUUGACAGAAAGAAAGAGGAGCAAAGAGAAAUAGCCAGGCAGGAGAAGGAGGCUGCUGAGCGUGAGAGGUUGGAGCGAGAACGACGCGCAAGAGAGGAGGAGGACCGGAGGAGAGCUGAGGAGGCGCGCAAACAGGCUGACGAGAAACUACGACUUGUGAAUGAAGCGAAAUCUCGCACAAAAAUUGUUCCAUCACCAAAUCUGCCGGUCGGAUGGGAGAAAAAACUGGACCCAGCCACACAGAGAUAUUUCUAUGUGAACCACAGCCUGGGAACAACACAGUGGGAACCUCCCCCAGACACAAGAUCUGGUACAUACACAACAAAACUCAAGGAUGAACCCGAAACCCAAAGGCGGGGUCUGAGUAGGUCCAACUCAUCACCUAACAUCGCCAAACUACUUGAAAAUGAGGACAGACUGGUUCAACAACAGAGACCCCUGCCUUCUGUAAACAGGGGAACCAAACCAGUUGACAGGGAGGAGCUGAUACCCAUGCCAGCCAAGAGACGAGAUUUAAACCCCAUAUAUGGAAGUGUGGAUCGAGCGUUGACUGGUCUUCGUAACCUUGGCAACAGCUGUUACAUGAACAGCACCAUCCAGUGCCUGAACAACACGUCACCGUUGGUUACCUACCUCAUCACGGACAUAUACCUGCGAGACAUCAACAGGGACAGCCUAGGUGAGGUGGUGGAUGACUUUGCCUAUGUGGUGAAGGCUCUGUGGUCGGGACAGUACCGCUGUAUCACACCCAGGGACUUUAAGGCAGUGGUGGGUCGACAUCAGCCCAUGUUUGCAGGGUAUGAACAGCAGGACUCCCAAGAGUUCCUCACCUUCCUUAUGGAUGGGCUGCAUGAGGGACUCAACAAGGUGAAGGUCAAACCUCGGAUCCCAGAACAGAACAAUGAAGGACUCCCUGAUGUGAAGGCUGCAGAGAUUUCCUGGAGAGACCACAAACUGCACAACGAGUCAAUAAUAGUGGAACUGUUUCAGGGUCAGCUGAAGACAACCAUAAUGUGUCUUACAUGCAGGAAACAAAGUGUGAAGUUCCAGGCAUUCAUGUAUCUGUCCCUGCCCAUCCCCAAAACAACCAGGUGUACAUUGGGGGACUGCCUGCGUCAGUUUUCUGCCGAGGAAAAGAUGACGGGUAGCUCCAAGUGGCAAUGUCCCCAGUGUAGAACCUACAGAGACGCUAUCAUGAAACUGGAGAUCUGGAAACUGCCUCACAUACUGCUUAUUGCGCUCAACAGGUUUGUUUACGAGGGACAGUGGCGCACCAAGAUCAACGCCCAUGUAGACUUCCCGACCAGUGGGAUGGAUAUGUCCUCGUUUGUGAUUGGUCCACGGCCAAAGUCUUAUAAACUGUAUGCAGUGUCAAAUCAUUUUGGAACUCUGGACGGGGGACAUUACACAGCCUGUUGUAAAAACCCAUGCACCCAGAAAUGGUACAAGUUUGAUGACAGUGAAGUCUAUGAAACAUCGGAAUCCAGUGUCAAGACAUCUGCGGCCUACGUCCUUUACUACACGUCUAUAGACCUGCUCCCUCCUGAUUUCAAACCCAGCUUCAGUUGAGGAUGAGACACUUCAAAGGAGCCUCGCUCUGGGAAUAUUGGGCUGAAUGCAUGUUUGAAAAGUGUCGUCUAAAAUAAGCCUGUGAAGGGAUGACACUUUCUGCCGAAACUUGAUUUCCUCUUAGAAGAGAUUUCUUAAAAUAAAAAACUCUGUCUAAGUGGACAGUGUCAUCCAUGAUAAGCCUGUGCGGACUGAACGGUGACACUUAACAGGCAUGCAUUCAGCCCAUUUCCCCAGUGUAUGGCUCAUUUAUAUAAUGUACACAUGGAAUCACUAUUGUAGACUGUUAAUGCUUCUUAAAUUACAUGGAUUACAACUUGAUUUUAAUUUUAAAGUCAUAAAUUGUCAUCAGCAUAUCAGCAUAAAAGUCUGAUAAGCUCAUUUGGCUUAGAAUGGAGGUCAGACGGUGUUACUUGAUAUCAAAUGACGAUUGAAAGCACACAAGAAGGCUCCUACAAGCGUAUGGCCAAGCCAAUAUUUAUUCAGUAUGUUUUAUAUGUAUAUCAAAUGUUUUGUUUCAAUUUGAGUGUGUGAAAAUAAUCCAGAUAUAUAAUGAGAACGUUCGGUGCCUAGUCCUGUUUUCUUCAUAUUUUGUUUAACAAACUUCAUAAAUGAACUAAUAAUGUCACAAUUCUACUGUUAUCUACUAUUUCUUUGUUGUGAAACUAAAGCUGUGUUUGUUCAGGAAAUUGUAAGUUAUAACCAGAAAGACGUUACUAAGGUGAAGUUGUCGGUGUAAAUGUUACAGUUAUGAUCACAGCUUCAUUGACGGGGGAUGUAGUCUUCACUCAUGACAAAGGUGUAUGUGGCAUCGAAGAACGUGACCAUGCAUACACUCUAAAUGUCAGUUUAAAGACAUAUGCAUACUGCAAAGGAUUGUAUGCGUGUUUCACGUGUUUUUCUGAAGAAAUAAUGUAGUAUCAGAAUUAUGACUUGAGCUAUGUUUUGUUUUUGUGCUGGUCACAUGUGUGUAUUUGUAGUGUAUUGUUACAGUAUAACUUUGUGUUUGAACAUUGAUAAAUCAAAUACUUAAGAAGCUGGAUCAAAUACAGAACAAACAUGCAAAUCGUGAAUGAACACGAGCAGUCAAUCCUUAAUCAAUGUUAUCAUAUUAGUGACUCUUUUUUACUAUUAAACACUUACCCCAUAAUAUAUGUUGAAGGAGGUUUUCAAACCUCUUCAUAGAGGCUGUCCAAUAAAAGGUUUUUGUAAAGAUAUUUAAUAUGAAACAUUGUAAGCAUAAUCAUUACUAAGUUAUAUUUUACGUCGCACAUUUUAUAUUGUGUUGUCAAUGAGAUAAAGAUUGUUUAGAAUGCAAAGAUUGUAUGUGUAAAACAUUUUCUAACCAGAUACUUUGUUCAGCCUAUUGAAUUUUGCUUAUGUCGUUCAACGUGUAUUUGCUAACAUCUAGUUUAAUCUUUUUUGGCGCAAAAAAUAUGUCAACGCGUGUUCAUUUAUGACAUUUCUGUUGAAUAAUUAUUUGCUUAUUGUUUGCGCUUUCUGUUCAAACAGCGAAAUGUACAUGCAUAUGGCAUGUAAGUUGGUUUUAUAAACGUAUAACAUUGAUUGAGUUAAAUCUAAUCAAUUGAUUUAUUAUGCCCCCCUUCGAAGGCUUUGCUCAUGUCGGUCUGUCGGUCGGUCGGUCCGUCCACCAGGUGGUUGUCAGACGAUAACUCAAGAACGCUUAGGCCUAGGAUCAUGAAACGUCAUAGGUACAUUGAUCAUGACUCACAGAUGACCCCUAUUGAUUUUGAGGUCACUAGGUCAAAGGUCAAUGUCACUGUGACCCGAAAUAGUAAAAUGGUUUCCGGAUGAUAAUUCAAGAACGCUUAUGCCUAGAAUCAUGAAACUUCAUAGGUACAUUGAUCAUGACUCGCAGAUGACCCCUAUUGAUUUUCAGGUCACUAGGUCAAAGGUCAAGGUCACAGUGACAAAAACAUAUUUACAAAAUGGCUGUCACUACAACUUAGAGCCCAUAUGGGGGGCAUGCAUGUUUUACAAACAGCCCUUGUUUGUGUUUAUAUGCUUAUAAUUUAAAAUGUUAUUAUUACUUAUUUAUUGUUGUUGUAAUUCAAACAAUAUGUGUAGCCGGACUAUAAACAGGAAGGAUUAAACAUUAUGAGUACUACCAUUGAAAUUGAUAAAACUCGUUUUGUAUAUUGCAAUAAUGUAAAGUUUUGUUGUAUGUAAUGAUUGUCUGUAUUCUGCGUUGUUACUGGAAUAAACCAUUCAUAACUGCG